AUGCUUGAAUCCGCGGAAACCGAGCAGAUCGAAUUAAUCCGGCAACUGCAAGAUCUCCAGCCUGUGGACGUGAAAGAUCCGGAAUCGAGGAUCGAACGGGUGGUAAAAACGCUGGAAGACGGCUUCUACAGAAUGUUGACAUCAUAUCCUAUGUAAAAACGUCCCCACCCCAUAGUCAAGAUGGGGGAUUGGCUAGACAAAUCCACAAGUUUUGGCUGUCUUGCAUGACAGAUUUGGACUCAUAGCGUAGUGCUGUUUGAGCUAGCUCAGCAGCAUCACAGACCUAGCAUAUCAUGCUGAUUGGAGCAUGACAAAUUGCAAAACACGACUGGAAAAUGCUUCUCAUGGGGCUCCGCAUGAGAAACAAUUUCAGCAGGCAGAUUUGCAAUACAACUAUGGUGUGGGGACGUUUUUACAUAGGAUACAUCAACACCCUUCCUGCUCCAGUAUCUCCCGAAGCCACAGUUGCUGCUACCACUGUGCUACCAAACCUGGUUUGCGCAAGUUGUGAAAGUUUUGAAGAUAUCAAAUGUAAAAAUGUCUGGGUCUGGAAGAGUCAUGCUGUUUCUGCAUAACACAGAAGGUCUGGCAUGGAAGCUCUAGCAUGGAAGCUCUAGCAUCACAGGUUUCGAGAAGCUUCCGCAAUGCCGAACCCGCGUGACAAAUCCCCCACUUUGGUGGCAGAAAGUGAGCAGCUUUUGCUGCCUAUGCAUCAGAGAUUUUUGUGUGCUCUGAAAUGCGCAUGACAAGUUGCUUUGUUCCAUACCCAGACAUUUUUGCAUUUGGUAGAAGACCUACGCAGCGCGGAAAAUCCAAAAUGAGCCCGGCCCGGUAUCAAAAUGAAAAAAGCUCCCACCCCAUAUCAAUGGGAAAUCUGUGAUGCAGGAUUUGUGUACACAAAUGCGCGCUGUCUUGCAAUACGGCAUCGCAGCCAGAUCCGCAGCCUACGGAGGGACGUUUGGGUCUAGGUGCUUAGCAUUACAAACGGCUGUGCUCCAGGCCCAACAGCAUGCCAAAUCGCUUCCAUAAUGGCGCGGAAGCCUCUGUGUUUGUCUUCUUGCAAGACACGCGCGAUCUGUGGUCUCAAAUCAGCAAUACAAAUUUCGGAAGCAUCCUUUUUGAUAUGGGGAGCGGGGACUUUUCCUCUCAAUACCCGGACAGAAUUCGCUUCUACGAUUGGCUUUGGAACGAAACAGAGAAACUGCUGAAGAUUGGGUUUCAGGCCCAUUUGAUGAGCUUUAGCGGGUAUUGCAGGAGUAGAAACGUUCUGGUGCUGCAGGAUGAACAUCAAAGUCAGAGCCAGCAAGGACAACGAACAACUACCGAAAAAGGACAAAACGCGCAGUACUUUUCCCUGACGGAGGUAGAGGCAUAUGCAAAACAGCUAGCCGAACCGCUGACGGAGUUACUCCAGCUGCAUUUGAAACUUUUCCGAGAAGAUAUCGCGAAACGGGAUUCCGUUGCGAAGCACC